AUGUCGAAUUUAUUUGAUUUCGAUCCUCGUGAAGACGACGAGGAAAAAAGUGCUUUUCAUCCAUUUGAAACUAGUAGUGACGACGAAGAAUAUUUACCAGAACCGGGUGAAAAUGAUGAAAGUAGUGAAUACGAGUCAGACGACGAUGUUGUAGAUAAUGAACCACAGCAACAUGAAACUACUUGUUCUGAACCGAAGGAGUUUGUGUUAUCGAAAGAUGGAAAAUAUUGUUAUUAUUUCGAGCCGCCGCCACAAUUGCCGAAUAGAUCUAAUGCUUCAUUUGCUCUACAUGAAACACCUGGUCGAACUUUGUUGGCGUCGUCACGAUGUACUGAUAUUUUGUCGUCUUUUCUAUUAUUCAUGGAACCAAUCGAAAAGACAAUAGUUGAAAUGACAAAUUUAUAUGGAUCUCGAAAAUACAAGGAACUUUGGUUACCAGUUGAUAUUGCUUCUUUGCGCGCCUAUUAUGGUUUGCUAAUAUUAGCUGGCGUGUACAGAUCGCAUGGGCAAUGUAUAAAUGAAUUGUGGGAUGACCAAACAGGACCACCAAUCUUCCGCGCCACAAUGACUUUGAAAAAAUUCAAACUAAUAAAUGAAUGCAUUCGUUUCGAUGACAAAGAACAGAGAAAGGGAAUUCGAUCAAGAGAUAAAUUGGCACCAAUACGAAACGUUUACGACAAAUGGGUGAAUCGAUUGAAAAUGUGUUACACUGUUGGGAAAAACGUUACAGUAGAUGAACAACUUGUACCAUUUCGCGGUCGCUGCCCAUUUACACAAUAUAUACCAUCAAAACCGCAUAAAUACGGUAUCAAAAUAUGGUGUUUGUGCGAUGCAAGUACAUAUUAUGCUUGGAAUCUUGAAGUAUAUACGGGUCGCGAUCGAAAUUGUAAAGCAGAAGUAAAUCAAGGCCAAAGAGUUAUUCUGACUCUAAGCAAUCAACUGAGUUGUCGUAACAUCACAACAGAUAAUUUUUUUACUUCACGGCAGUUGGCCCUAGAAUUGAAAAAGAAACAAAACAACACAAUGGUCUCUUACGUACCAAAAAAGAAUCGUUUUGUCACUCUAUUUAGUACACUUCAUGACCAGAAAAGUGUGGCUAACGACGAACAAAAAAAGCCGGAAAUUAUUCGAUUCUAUAAUGCGACGAAAGGUGGUGUUGAUUCUCUAGAUAAACUCGUAGGCACUUAUCGCUGCAAACGCAAGGUGAAUCGUUGGCCAUUAGCCCUUUUCUGUAACAUCCUUGAUACUUCAGCAUACAACAGUUUCGUAAUAUUUAUUCAUCUCAACGCAGAUUGGAAAUAUGAGAAAAAAAAGUAUCGCCGUCGCUUGUACUUAGUGGAGCUCGGAAAGCAAUUAGUUACACCAUAUAUUGCGAACAGAAAAACUCGUCCUCGAACACCAAAUGCAAAUGCUGUUAUAGAUGAAAUUCAGAAUAUUUCAUCAAGAUCAUCAUCACCAACGACAUCAACAUCAGCAGCGCCAACAUCAACGACAAACGCAUCGCGAAAAUCGAAUUUACCAAAUUCUCAAAAACUCACGCAUGCUCCGUCAGCAGGAAAACGAAGUCGUUGUGCACAUUGCGAAUAUAAAAACAACAAAAAUUUAUACAGCAAUCGCUGUGAUAAGUGUAUAACUUAUGUUUGCAAUGCACAUCAUUUCAAACUAUGCACAAACUGCAUUGAUAAACUAUAA